AGGACAAAUACACCUCACUCCUCUUCCCGGAGUUAUGGCCUCAGUAGGGCCCAGCGAACCGUUGACUGGAGGGAUAUGAACUCCAAUCCUCAGAGUCUGGAAUGGCCAUAUCGAGUGAUGAGAGGGUAGAAAGACACAUUUAUUUAGCAAAUAUUUUGUCCUAGAUUCCAUGCUGGGCAAAGAUGAUCAAAGCUGGGACUUUGGAGAUCAUCAUAUUAGCUGUUAAAUUCUGGGCAAGUUAUCUAACCUCUCUGCUUUAGCUUACAGAUUUGCAAAAUGGAGCUGGGGCUGCUGUUACCUACCUAUAGAGAUUGUUAUUAGGAUGAAAUACAUUAAUAUGUAUAAAGCCCUUCGGAUACUGCCUGAUACCUAGCAUCGUGGUUACCAUAGCAGCCAGAUGCUGAUGAUGUCUCCAGGGACAGCAAGGUGAAGCUGAGCCAGCUCCCGGGUCCUCCCUCUGUGCACCCUUCACAGGCCAGAGCGAGAUGGUCUGAAGCUUAGCCUCUUUUCAAGCCCCCCACCUGUCUCAGGUCACUUAGCCCCAAACCCUGCCUCCACAGCCUCAGUUCAGGGCCCCGAAACACCCCUUUGGAGACUCCCUCCUCCCCACGCUCUGUCUCUUGGCACCCUGCCUGGUUGCUGUGGAAACAGGUUCCACUGCGGACAAAGGAGGGAGCUGGGUCCUGCUUCCUCCUGGUCCUGUCGAUGAGGAUUUUUAGACCGUGGAGGCUGCGCUGCCCUGCCCUGCACCUGCCCUCUCUCCCUGCGUUCUCACUCAGGUGGAGCCUGCCCUCCCUCGCCACUGACGAGACCAUGUGUAAAAGUGUGACCACAGGUGAAUGGAAGAAAGUCUUCUAUGAGAAGAUGGAGGAGGCCAAGCCGGCCGACAGCUGGGACCUCAUCAUAGAUCCCAACAUCAAGCCCAAUGUGCUGGCCCCGGGCUGGAAGCAGUACCUGGAGCUGCAUGCCUCGGGCAGGUUCCACUGCUCCUGGUGCUGGCACACCUGGCAGUCACCGCACGUGGUCAUCCUCUUCCACAUGUUCCUGGACCGCGCCCAGCGGGCGGGCUCGGUGCGCAUGCGCGUUUUCAAGCAGCUGUGCUACGAGUGCGGCACGGCGCGGCUGGACGAGUCGAGCAUGCUGGAGGAGAACAUCGAGAGCCUGGUGGACAACCUCAUCACCAGCCUGCGGGAGCAGUGCUACGGGGAGCACGGCGGCCAGUACCGCAUCCACGUGGCCAGCCGCCAGGACACCCGGCGGCACCGCGGCGAGUUCUGCGAGGCCUGCCAGGAGGGCAUCGUGCACUGGAAGCCCAGCAAGAAGCUGCUGGAGGAGGAGGCGACCACCUACACCUUCUCCCGGGCGCCCAGCCCCACCAAGCCGCAGGCCGAGGAGGGUUCUGGCUGCAACUUCUGCUCCAUCCCCUGGUGCUUGUUUUGGGCCACGGUCUUGCUGCUGGUUAUCUACCUGCAGUUCUCCUUCCGCAGCUCCGUCUGAUUCCCCGACCGGCUCGGGGCCCAAGGCCUGUGGGGCCUGCCAGCUGGAGAGAGGGGCAAAGAGCGACCUGGGCUGGGAGUGGGGUUAAAUGCUAGUGCCGGUGCCGCCACGGACUCUAUGGGGACCCUGGACAAAUCACCCAUCUUUACCAUCUAUAAAAUUAAGGGUUUGGUCUGGAUCGUUGGUUUUUCAAAGUGAAACCCAGGGCCCCAAAGUUCUGCAUAGGUCCCUCAGGGACUUUUGGAUUUGGAAGGUAGGGUAAGUGAGCAGGUUUCCCAUCCUUGUCACACCGCCAAGUCCCAGCUCCUACUUCCUCCUCUUGCCUUAAUCGGAAGAGUUCCAUCUUCUGGAGUUUUGUUUAAGAGUUGUGGAUGAAACUAGGUUCAAUUGAUUAAAAAAAAAAAAAAAGCUUGAAAAUUACAGGACUUGGUGACCUCAAAAGGCCUUUCCACAGUGAUGAGCUCGUUCUUGCUUUCUUGUGAACCCCCUACCCCUAUCCCUCAUUAGCUCCCACGUCUGGGGCUGCAGCGUUAACUCAGCCUGUGUUAGUGUAGAAACCUCAUCCACGGCUCUGCCUGCAUGCACAGAGCACACGCUCCUUUUGAAGAGAGAGGUGGAGGCACUAGGCUGUCCCUUUGCUGCUGGGUACACAGGGUCCCUUGCUUCUCUUCCCCAGAUUCCCAGCUUCCAGCUUCCCUGCACUCAGGCUGGGUUCUGAGGCCUGCCUGGCUCAGAGAUGAUGCCUGGCGCAGAGUCCCAUAGAGCGAGGCUUCCCACCCCUUGCGUAUGAACUGACAGAGAGAGAAUUUAAGGGAGGUUUAGAAGGUAGAGAGUUAGAUGUAAAGCACAAAAUCCCUAUGAAACAAAUAUAUGAUUCUCCAUUAUAAUAAAGAGUCUGCCGAGUUCAGGGACCCAGCCCGCCUGAUUCUUAGCAGUUCUGAGGGUCACUACACAGGGGCUGGGGACUGGCCUCCUGGGUUCCUUGCUGAAACCCUACUUGAGAGGCUUUCUCACAUUGGCCAUGCAUAGGCCCUCUCACCAGCCAUCAGCUGUCCACCUAGAACCACAGGGAUGGGGUGUCUUUAGCAAGAGAGGGAGCAUUAAAGAUGUGAAGUGCUUUGCCCAUAGAGAAGUGCAUAGAUAUGUGGGAGAAACUUACAUCGCUUUCAAAUGGCAUGCGCUCUGGUUUGGGGUGGGAGGAAAGACUUUCUGAUAGCAGGAGUAUGGGUGAGGUAUGGAGGGAAGCAGAAGGCAGGAGGUGGGAUGCCACCCUGCGGUUUCAAGGGUGCUCAUUCACCUCACCUCUGUUAAUAACCUGGCUCCUCCCUCCUUCCUCCGCCUCCCUUUUUGACUCCUCCUCUCCUUUUUAAUGGAAAGUCCCUACCUUCUGUAGUGGUGGAGGGAGGAGGGCCACUUAU